CAGCUUGUAUGUUUUGGGCGGGACCAGUAAGUCAAUUGUCACACUGGUGCUCCCCAAAGUCUGAGAUGAGAUGGAGGGAAGCGUAUCUAAUGUUGAAAUCUGUAAUUUAGCGUACACUGGAAAGUUUGAAGAACUUAAAGGUUUUGUUUUAUCUGACAGCGCACUAGCGACGAAAACAGACCAGGACAACAGGACUGCUCUGCACUGGGCUUGUUCAGCUGGACAUGCGGAUAUCGUGCAGUUUCUGCUGGAGCUUGGAGUUGACGUGAAUAUCGAAGAUGAUGCAUGUUGGACACCUCUUCAUAUAGCAGCUUCUGCUGGGAGAGAAAAAAUAGUCAGAUCCUUAAUAUCCAAAGGAGCUCAGUUGAACUCUGUGAACCAGAAUGGUUGUACGCCACUGCACUACGCUGCAUCUAAAGAUCGAUUUGAGAUAGCCCAGAUUCUGCUGGAAAAUGGUGCAGAUCCUAAUGCAACAGAUAAACUGCAAUCCACACCUCUGCACAGAGCGUCUUCUAAGGGCAACUACCGACUCAUUCAGCUUCUUUUGAAAGAGAGCGCUUCUACCAACAUUCAAGACUCAGAAGGAAACACGCCACUUCAUCUUGCAUGUGAUGAGGGCCGAGCAGAGGCUGCUAAACUCCUUGUUGAACAUGGUGCCAGCAUCUACAUUGAGAACAAGGAAAAGAUGACGCCUCUACAAGUGGCUAAAGGUGGCUUGGGAUCUAUGUUAAAACGGAUAGUAGAGGGCUGAAGGAUCCCGAGUGGAAACAGAGCCACGCAGCUUUUAAUUAAAGGACAAAUUCAGUAUUUUACACUUAAAGCCUACACUAAAAUACCAAACUUGUCCUUUAAGCUGCUGUUCAAGUAUGAUGAAUACUUGUUUGUAAGGGUAUUUAAAAGAAACACAGUAGAAAAAAUGCUUUUAAAGAUGUCUGCUGAAGAACAACAUUAUGAUCAGCAUUCUCUUUAUGGUAGUUAAAAAGCUCAUGACUUGUUUUGUCAGUCAAUUUUCAUACAUUUUAUUUGGUACAUGUGUUUCAGGCUUACACAUAACAUUCUGAUUUAUUUUUUAUCUAGUUCAGCCAUGAAUGCUUUAUUUCUGUUAAACCUAAAGUUGAUAUUUUCAUUGAUUAGUGAUUUCUAGUUUUGUGUCCAUGUGCGAAUGUCACGUGACCAUAAUGUGUUCUUCCAUCUCGAUGCUCAUUUAUUUUUUUUAUAUGGGAAAUAAAUUGUAAUUGAAUACAGGUGA